AUGACUCGGUUGAACUCGCCUGCUGAAUGGGUUGCUCCUUUGACACCUAUCAUUUCUUUGGCUUUGUUACCUUUGGGUCCUAUCUUUUUUCCUCGAUUUUAUAUUGUGUUUUUGUUUGUCUACUUUGCUGGAUUUCUUUAUCAACAAGUAAACCACGUCUGCAAGUUCUACUUGUCCUCUGUCCGAAUCAGGGCCAGUAUCAAAAAAUGGAAUGCUAUGAACAAACACAACUUGAACGAUAAAUCACUUGAUGAUAAGGCCAAGAUUGCCAUGGAUCACUUGGGCAAACCAAAUAAAUUUGUCAAUCUUGAAGACGGCUUAGAAAUCGAACAAUCAUACCAGGAACCUCACUACAUGCACACAUUUGUGAUUCCUAAUUAUGGUGAGCCCGAAGCUCUUUUGAAAGAUACGAUUGGACGCUUAGCUGUACACAGAAAUGCAAGCACUCAUUAUGUGAUUAUUUUAGCCAUGGAAGCAUCUGAAACGGGCUGGGAAGAAAAAGGAAAGCGUUUAGAAGAGUUCUUUAAAGGAAGAUUCUGCAGUUUUAUCAUCACUGGUCAUCCUGCUAAUAUUCCUGGUGAAUAUCGUGGUAAAGGUUCCAAUGUCAAUUAUGCUGUUCAAAAUGGAUGUGCAGAAAUGAUUCGCCAAGGUUUUGAUCGUCGCAAGAUUAUUUUGACCGUUAUGGAUUCUGAUGCUGCUAUUCCAGAACUCUAUAUUAUUGAAGUAGAAGACGCAUUGAGUAAGUCCGACGAUCCCUACUAUACACUUUGUGCUCCUCCUAUUUUCUUUUCUCGUAACUGCAACCAGGUCCCUGCUGCUGUUCGUAUGACAGAUAUUACUUGGGCUUCUAUGGUCAUGUCUAAUCUAAGCAAUUCUGAUGGCCUGUGUAUUCCUUGCUCGAAUUACAGCCUUUCGUUUAUCUUGGCAGAACGUGUCGGUUUUUGGGAUGUGGAUGCAGAUGCUAUUGGUGAAGAUAUGCACAUGUGGUUGAAAUGCUUUUUCAAAACUGAUGGUCAUGCGCGUACUGCACCUAUUUACGUACCUAUCAAUUUGACGAAUGUUCAAUGUGAAGGCUAUAUUGCCAACCUCCAUGCCCGUUAUGUUCAAGCCAAGCGUCAUUUCCAAGGCGUUGCCGAUCUCGGUUACACGCUCCGCCAUAUGAUUGAUUGUUACAAGAAUAGAAAGAACCAAAAGGGCUUGUUGGAUUAUCAUAUUGCUACCGGUAGUUUUAACGACAAAAUAGCUGCAUGUUCAGUUAUUCUUGAAGCCCAUAUGAUUCCUGCCUCUUCUGGCUGGCUUAUGUUUGCUGCUGUUCCUUUGAUGCAACUGAUCCUGUUCCCUCCCUUCUCUUGGAUGGACGUCGUCUCCCCUGCCAAUAAUCCUCUUUUGAUUUCGGAUUUCUUUUAUAAACUUUGGACGGUUGUCAAGAUGAUUACUGUCUUUUUGCCUUUCCCAUUGUUUGCUACCUUGGGUAUUUAUGAACACUUGCAUCGCUAUAUUGACCGUGAAUUCUAUCACAAGCCAAAGUCUGAAUCUCGUACUUGGAAGAAUAUGUUGGACUAUGUUUCUUUGCCCAUCGCAGCUUGGCUUUUCUUGACCUUGCCUUCUACUUUAGCCUGUGUCAAGCGUCUUGUGGCAGGUGAAGAAGCUUACAUUGUAGGCGCCAAAAUCUUUAAUGAGGAUGAAACCAACGGAAAAGAACGCAUCUCAUAG